CAGCUUUCGUUUCUCAGUGUCAGUCUCGAUCUUAUAGAGUGCUUUCACCAUUGGUGUUACCUCAUACCAAUCAAUCGAAUAGUGAUUAAUAUUAAACCUCCUAUUCCAAGUUUUAUGUGAAACCAAAAACACGUCAUUGCUUCCAAGAAACAAAAACAAACAAAUCAUAAUCAUAGUAAUCAAUGCACCAUUAGCUGUGCACACUUUAAGACAAAACACCCGCUGGUCCAAAUUUCAAACAUGUAAAUAUUAUUGAUCCCUACCAUUUUUGCGUGCCUUAUUUUGUCUCCACUCCUCCUCUUUGGACUCUCACCAAAACAUGGGCAGCCUUGAAGUUGAAACCCAACCUCCCCUCACCACCGCCUCCACCGAAAUUGAAGACGAUGACCUGUCUCCAAUCGAGGAAGUCCGUCUCACGGUGAACAACACGGACGACCCGACGCUACCCGUAUGGACAUUUCGUAUGUGGUUCAUGGGACUUUUCUCAUGUGCUCUCCUCUCUUUCCUAAACCAAUUCUUUGCCUACCGGACCGAGCCACUAGUCAUAACCCAAAUCACAGUCCAAGUUGCAACUCUACCAAUAGGCCGUUUCAUGGCUGCUGUGCUGCCCAAAACCCAGUUCCGGAUCCCCGGGUUCGGGCGGAGGAUGUUCUCCGUCAACCCUGGUCCGUUUAAUGUGAAGGAGCAUGUACUGAUUUCCAUAUUUGCUAAUGCUGGUAGCGCAUUUGGAUAUGGGUCUGCCUAUGCUGUUGGUAUUGUUACUAUUAUUGUUGCUUUUUAUGGGAGGAGCAUCUCCUUCUUGGCUGGUUGGAUUCUAAUCAUCACCACUCAGAAGUCAUGGAACCGGGUGGUUUGCACUUUGCAGGUGCUAGGUUAUGGUUGGGCCGGACUGUUGAGGAAAUAUGUGGUUGAGCCAGCGCACAUGUGGUGGCCCAGCACGCUCGUUCAAGUCUCGUUAUUCAGGGCUUUGCAUGACAAAGAUGAACAACGCAUGACCAGAGCGAAGUUUUUCCUAAUCGCACUCAUUUGUAGUUUCUCAUGGUACUUGCUCCCAGGGUAUCUAUUCUCAACAUUGACAAGCAUUUCAUGGGUUUGCUGGGCAUUCCCAAAGUCGGUGACAGCCCAGCAACUUGGCUCCGGCAUGAGGGGCCUUGGAAUUGGUGCACUGACGCUAGACUGGUCUGCCGUGGCAUCCUUCUUGUACAGCCCGCUAAUUACUCCUUUCUUUGCCAUUUGCAAUAUCGCCAUUGGCUACAUACUGGUAAUGUACAUUGCGAUCCCAAUAUCAUACUGGGGCCUAGACUUGUACAGUGCACAGACGUUUCCAAUAUUCUCUUCGCACUUGUUUACAGGCCAGGGUCAAAUAUAUAACAUAUCAAACAUUGUCAAUGACAAGUUUGAGCUAGAUAUACCAAAGUAUGAAGAACAAGGACGAAUUCAUCUCAGCAUGUUUUUUGCCUUAACAUAUGGCUUUAGUUUUGCCACCAUAGCCUCAACAAUCACACAUGUAGCUCUCUUUUAUGGAAGGGAGAUAUACGAGCGAUACCAUGCUUCUUAUAAAGCCAAGGAGGAUAUCCACACAAGACUGAUGAGAAAAUACAAGGACAUACCUUCAUGGUGGUUCCAUGUGUUGCUUGGUCUAUCACUGGCCGUUUCUCUCAUACUCUGCAUCUUCUUGAAUGAUCAGGUUCAGAUGCCAUGGUGGGGACUCCUUUUCGCUAGUGCCAUGGCCUUCACAUUCACCCUCCCAAUCAGCAUUAUAACUGCAACAACAAACCAGACUCCAGGGUUAAAUGUUAUAACGGAGUACGUCAUGGGUAUCAUAUUACCAGGAAAACCGAUUGCCAAUGUGUGCUUCAAAACUUAUGGUUAUAUGAGCAUGGCUCAGGCUGUCUCCUUCCUCAAUGAUUUCAAGUUAGGACAUUACAUGAAGAUUCCUCCAAGAUCAAUGUUCUUAGUCCAGUUCAUAGGUACUGUGCUUGCUGGAACAAUCAACCUUGCAGUGGCAUGGUGGUUGCUGUACUCCAUUGAGAAUAUAUGCCAAGAUAAUCUUCUCCCCCCUGACAGUCCAUGGACAUGCCCAGGUGAUCGAGUAUUCUUCGAUGCAUCUGUCAUUUGGGGUUUAGUUGGACCUAGGCGGAUCUUUGGAACUCUUGGCAACUAUGGGGAAAUGAAUUGGUUUUUCCUUGGUGGCGCAUUGGGACCAGUUAUAGUUUGGCUGCUGCAUAAGGCAUUCCCCAAGCAAUCUUGGAUUCCCCUUAUUAACCUUCCAGUCCUUCUUGGCGCAACUUCAAUGAUGCCACCGGCAACCACAGUAAACUAUAAUGCCUGGAUUCUUGUGGGGACAAUUUUCAAUUUCUUCAUCUUUCGUUACCGGAAGCAGUGGUGGCAGCGAUAUAAUUAUGUACUUUCAGCGGCACUGGAUGCAGGGGUGGCUUUCAUGGCUGUGCUAUUGUACUUCUCACUAGGCCUAGAGGAUAAAAGUUUGACAUGGUGGGGCACAAAUGGUGAACACUGUGACUUAGCAACUUGCCCAACAGCCAAGGGCAUAGUGGUAGAUGGUUGUCCAGUGUAAUAAUGCUUGUACUCCUCCAUUACAUGUUUUUCCUCCAACAUUAUACGGAUAUAAAGAUUCACGACUGCAACAAUAGAGGUUCAAAACUGAAUAAAACAGUUCCAGGUAUGGUGGGAAUUUGAUGUUCUAUAGAAAUUGUAACUUUAUAAAGCUCAUAAAAGAAUUCAGCUUACAUUUAAGUGCACAACUUCCAACUCAGAAGUCAGAACCUUUCUUUCAAAAACUGCAUUAUCAAUUUCUAGCCAACAUUUACAACUCGAACGUUGAA